AUGGCUUUAUGUCUAGUGGAUGUAAUAUUCACCGACUUUGCAAAAGCCUUUGAUAAAGUUGAUCAUAGUAUACUAGCCAAAAAAUUGUUCCAAUCAGGUCUCCGUGAUCCUCUCUUUUCAUGGCUUGUAUCCUUUUUAUCAGGUCGGAAAUUUCCAUUACAAAAUCCUGAGCUCAAUGCUAAGUGGAUAAAAGCUGUUGGACGAAAAGGUUUUAUUCCAACAAAAAAUUCACGAUUGUGUAACAAUCAUUUUUUGAAAAGUGAUUUUAAAACUCCAGUUGAUGGUACCUAUAAAUUGUUAUUGCGUGAUGAUGCUGUACCAUCAAUAUUCAACAUUACUGUUAUUCAAACACCAACCAAAAUAUAUCGCUCAGAAAUUUGUGAACCCACUUCAAGUCAAUUAACUACUACAGAGUUCUCUACAUCAGUUCAAGAUGAACCAUUAUGUCUUACUCCAAAAAGACGUUGGACUUUUAAAAGUGCUAAAAAAGAAUCUAAAUUACGCUUCACCACUCCUCCUUCAAUGUUAGAACUUGAAAAAAAAAUAAUGGAGGGAUUUGAAAUAAUGGAAUUUUUAGAGAAAAAAAUAAUGCGUACAGAUAUUAAAAUUAAUAAUUUAGCUGCUCGUAUAAAGUUAUAUAAAGAAAGUAUUAGACUGAAGAACUUAUGUUAGACAAAUUUGGAGGACUC